AUGUUGCAGCAGUGUACAUCUAAAGAUCUUUUCAGUGGCUUCCACAACGAAAGUGACGAUGAAAUAUUAGAAAUUCAGCAAGCCAACCUAAAUAUCACCAAUCCCGAGCUCUUACGCCCUGAUUCUGACUUAACCCACUCCCAGCUCCAUCUCUUUUUCUCCCAUAUCCUCUCCCCAAAUUUCGUGUUUACCAAAAUUUGGCUUUCUAAGUUCAAUCUUAUUUCAAACCGCAACUACGCUGCCCUCUCCACAAAUAAAGCUCUUUUUAAAGAAUUUAAAGCUAUAAUUUUCAUAAUCACUCAGGAUCUUUACCCUAUUGUAAAUAAAGAUCCUGAUACCGCCUCCAUUAUUCUUCAGAUUUUUUCUGAGCUGUAUUAUAGAAGAUCAUGUAUUUUUUAUCAGGAAAUUAUUGAUGAAUUUAGAAUUAAUGUGCAUAUGAAUAGAGUGGAAGGACUUGUGAAAAAUUCAAAGACAAUUGCGUUUAGUUUGAGAAGAGAAGAAAGGGAAAAGAAAAAAAACGAUAAAAAGAAGAGGAAAGAAGGGCUGAAAAGAGAAAGAAGCGGAGAAAUGCACAAUUUAGAGGAGCUGUUUAUAAGAAAGCAGCAGAAAAUUAAUGAAUUUGAAGAAGAUAUAAAGAAAAAUAGCUGAGGGUUUGAUUGUGGGCUUGGGGAAGUUGAGGAGUGAUUUGAAGAGUCAGAAGAAAUGGAAGAAGAAGGAGAAAUUUUAGAAGAAAUAAGCAGCUUCCAAGAAAUUGCUACCAUAGAAGAAGAAAAUAAAAAUCACCUGUUUGCUGCAGAGUAUACGGUCCCUGAAUCAGACAAAGAAAAUGUGAUCCCAACUCUUCCAAUCCAAAUCCCAUCCUCCAGAACUAAUACAGAAAAUAAGAAAAAAGACCCCAGAAUAAUUCCAUUUUUACACACUAAAGGUAUUGAUUUUCUGAUUAACACAGAAAGUAUUCGUGGCCAGCUUGAGAAAUUCAUAGUCAUUUUAGACCUAGACAACACGCUUGUUUCAGCUCAUGAAGGCAAUGAACUAAAACAGCUCCAAACAAAAUGCCAAUAUAUAUAUGAGCAAGUAAUAGUCGAUAAACUAGCUCUUGCUAUUAUUAGAAGGCCAGGACUUGAUAAUUUUUUAAAAGAAAUUUCUAAAUUCUGCGAGCUUUAUCUAUACACAAAUGCUAUAAGGCCUUAUGCAGAAAAAGUGCUACAAUUGAUUGAUCCUGAUGGGAAAUAUUUUGGGAGAAGAAUUAUUGCGUGUGAGGCAAAUUAUUCAGUGACUUCGCAGAAAUAUAUACAUAAAAAUGGCGACUGGAGAGCCAGCCCUUUUCCUCAACACCUGUAGCCGGACACUCCGGGGACCUUGUGGAAGGGGAAAGGCGCUCGGAAUGUUUAUCCGGCUGGGUUUUACCUUGGCACAGUGGAGCGCAAUGUCGAAUUUGGUCGACCGCAGCUCAUUCUGUCACCAAGGGUUUUUACCUCGAGGAGGAAGGGUCUUCCAAGUUGUAAAGGGGAAGCUCAGCAGCGUCAGGAGUCAUCUCCUGAUCAAUCGGGCAAUUCCCUAGCGCGAUACUGGGCGUUGCGUCCCGGGCUUGGAUGUCCUUUUUGGCCGACAGCCCUACCAGAAAAUUUUGUUUUUUCAGAUUUUCGGAAUGGGCAACCUCGUGCUCGCAGCCUCAAGCAAGGCCGCAGAAUUCCUAAAUCUGCCCACUCAAGACUGGAGCAAGGUUGUAGCUUGCAAGGAGGAGACAACCAACAGAACAGGCUAGCUGUAAAAUCAGAGUCCUGUAGGCGGAAGUCGCAAAGUGGAGGAACCCUCGAGGGGGUCUGGGUGACUGCGUUAACAAGUAACAGCUUAGCAGCUGGUAAUCUCUAAUUAAGGACUUCGCAGAAAUCCAUUGAAGAAAUUUCAAGAAGGUUAGAUGUAAAGGUAAACCCAGAAAUGGUAAUUAUAAUAGAUGAUCAACAACUUAUAUGGAAAAAUUCAGAAUUUUGUGUGCCUGUGAUACCAUUCUUUCCUUUGACAGUGCCAUCAAAAUUAACAUUUGUGUAUUCUUCUGAGUUAGCAAAUCAUAGGAUUUCAGAUCACAUGAAAUAUAUAUGUGAACCUGGUGCAGGUCAAAUGACUUUGCUUUUUUGAUAGUGUCCAUUUCACCGAAUAAUUUUUGGCCGAAAAUUGAUUGAAAAUUUUUGAUAGUGAGACAUUUGACGUUAAUUUUUCGGCCAAAUGUCGCACUAUCAAAAAUUUUCGACCAAAUUGAUUUCGAUGAAAUGUACACUGUCAAAAAUUCACGGUCAUUUGACAUAGAGCCAUGUGAACCUCCCUGCAAUUUCAAACCUGUUUUCUAUUGGCCAAGCUCUUAAGGCUGCCUAUGCGAAUUUCUUGAAAAAUGGAUCUCAAAGAACAGCGAUUUAUGAAUUUACAGAGCAUAGGAAAUCCAUCCUAAAAGGAUUUGAACUCAGCUUCAAGAAAUAUUCUGAAAAACUUGGAAAAGACGGCUACACCUAUAAAAAGCUUCAAGUCUAUCAACACUUAGCUGCAGCUUUAGGUGCUGAAGUCAGUGAAAAAGGAUUAGAAAUUGUGGAAAACAAAGAAGGGUUGCAUGAGCUCUCAUCUUCAUGGCUAAUAAACUGCUAUAUGCAUAUAGAAGCGAUGCCAAACUAUUAA